AAAAGUUGAAAGGUUGCAAGGUAAAGAAAAUGGCGACUUCCACUGGUCACAGAGGCAGAGGGAGAAGAAACAAAGGGGAUUGGAGAGAUAAAUCUAAAUCUAACCAAGAAAGAGAUGGAAAACCUUCAAAGGAGGGCGAAUCACAUGCAGAUGACAGUCCCAUUGUCAAGGCUUUUAGAGUCUUUCAAAAGGAACUUGACAACAGGAAUGAUCGGUUUGAACGCAUUUUCAAGCUGAGCAGGGAUAUUACCAUUGAAAGCAAGAGAUUAAUAUUUCUCCUGCAGCGAGUCAUUGGAUCUGACGAUCCCGAAAAAUUGCUUGCAGAAGCUGCAGAAAAGAUACAUGAACUCCAUUCCACAAAAUUCUUGGAAAUUGCAAAAGAGUUGGAAGGACAAGAUUCAUAUCAGUAUUUGAGGGCAUAUACUAGUGGCCUUCAGGAGUAUAUUGAGGCUGUGACGUUUUAUUACUACCUGUCAGAGCAGCGGUUGGUGAAUUUAGAUAAAAUACAGAAGCAGCUCAUAUUUCCCAAAUUAGUGUCUGUACCUGUUGAGAGCAGUGGGACAGACUCACAGGAAGCAGGCCCUGAUGCUAAACAAGACAACAGCGAUCCUAGCUGUUCUGAUGACCAACCUAAACCAAUGGACCAUAGUGAUGACAAUGCUGGGAACAGCUCUACAAAACCAGAACCAACCGGGUCUGUGUCUCCAGCUGGCGCCAGUGAAGAUAAAAAAACGAUGUUGGUGCACGUCCCUCCCUCGGAGUACAUGCUGGGUGUGGCCGACUUCACAGGGGAACUUAUGAGGAUGGCAAUCAACAGUGUCGGGGCGGGGAAUCUCGACACUCCAAGAGUGGUGGCCGACAUGAUGCGAGUUAUCCACAAUGCUUUCACUGUGUUUGACAAUGCCUCUCGAGAGCUUCGCAAGAAGACCAGUGUGCUCCGACAAAGUUUGCAAAAAGUUGAAACUGCAUGCUACACACUGACAGUGAGAGGCUCCGAGAUCCCACAACACAUGUUGACUGAUGUGUUCACAAGCACAGCGGCAUCCGGGGAAAAUUUCAAUGUUGACGACGUUGAGGAGCCAUAUGACUAACGGACACAUCCAUAACUACCUUUCUUUUUAUUCCAUGUUUCAGCUAAGACAUUCUUUUAAUUUAUGUAUAGUUUUUUGUCAUUAAAAGUCACCUUUUAA